AUGUAUAUUAAAUAUCAACAUAGAGACCACAUACCUCGGCGUGGGCACGCGCGCCUGGUGCGUGGGGCUUGGCAGGUACAGAGCCUUGAUCUCCUUCUGCACGUCCUGGUAGAAAGCCGCCUCCCAGAACUGCUGGCUCGUCCACACGGCGUGCUCCUGCAGAUUGUCAAUGCAGCCGGUCCCGGCGUGUGGUACGUGAACAGCAUAGAGAGCUGCGUCGAGCAGUUAGCCAAUGAGCUUGUCACCAUCUCGGUGAAGAAGCACAAACUGAACCGCACACACUACGGUUUCGACGCGGUAUUCGAACUGCAUGACGUCAUAGGGGACACGGGGGACGGGGUGAUGCUAGAUAUUUGCAAGCACUCGGACGGUGGAUGUAAGCAGAUACAAGUGCUUUCGGACGAAAUGGUCGGCAACUUUGGCGAGAAAUACGCAAAAUCGAACAUGAUAGCCGCAUUCACUAUGGCCGGCAUCGACCCGCCGGAAUUCCCAAUCCAGCCUGGGACGUAUACUAUAGAGAACUUCUACUUCGACCUGUGCGAGUUGCCCGAGAAAGCUAUGUACGGAACCUUCACGGCGCUCGCGUACAUCAUCCGCAACUCUGAGAGAAUUGCGUGCUCCAGCACGACGGUCGAGUUUCGUGACGAAGAAGACGAGUAUUGCGAGCGUGACUGA